GAUCCGCCGCCUCGCUGCCCAAGCGCCGCGGUAGCGUUCGUCGGAGUGGCGUGCUCUCCGUCGGGGAUAGUAGCCUCUUGCCUCUUUUGCUUUUCUUGCCCUCUCUCCGCGCGCCUCGUUCUCGGCUCCCCGGUCGCCAUGGGCAAGCGGGAGGAAGAGGAGAUCAUUCGAAUCGCAAAGAAAAUGGACAAAAUGGCGCAGAAGAAAAACGGGUCCGGUGCUUUGGACUUGCUUAAAGAGCUACGCAGCGUCCCCAUGACCCUGGAGCUACUUCAGUCGACCAGAAUUGGGAUGUCUGUCAACGCCAUCCGCAAGCAGAGCACAGAUGAGGAGGUGACAUCCCUAGCAAAGUCUUUGAUCAAGUCAUGGAAGAAGCUUUUGGACGAGCCCGCAAGCGGGGACAAAUCCUCAGACGACAAGAGGAAAGAUACGGCCCCUGUGUCUCCCUCGCAGGGAAGUCCGGAGGCGAAAGAAGAAAGCUCCAGCAGUAACUCCAGCGGCAAGAGCGAAAACGCCGACGUCUCCACCAACUCGCUAAUCAACACCUUCCCUCGCGCUCCCGGCACCUCCGACUCCAUACGGAUCAAGUGCAGAGAGAUGCUGUCCAAUGCGCUCCAAGCUGGAGACGACUACAUCGCCAUCGGUGCCGACUGCGAUGAACUCGGAGCUCAGAUCGAGGAAUGCAUAUUCCAAGAGUUCAAGAACACGGACAUGAAGUACAAGAACCGCGUCCGCAGCCGAAUCUCCAACCUGAAGGACAUGAAGAAUCCCAACUUGAGGAGGACGGUGCUGUGCGGGAGCGUCACCCCCGAGCGCAUGGCCAAGAUGACCGCAGAGGAAAUGGCCAGUGACGAACUAAAAGAAAUGAGGAAGAACUUGACCAAAGAGGCCGUUAGGGACCACCAGAUGGCCACCACGGGGGGCACGCAGACAGAUCUGUUCACGUGUGGCAAAUGCAAGGGGAAAUCCUGCACCUACACACAGGUUCAAACUCGCAGUGCCGAUGAGCCCAUGACCACGUUUGUCUUCUGCAAUGAAUGCGGAAAUAGAUGGAAGUUCUGUUGAGUGGGCAGGCAUCUUCCUUUGGCGCUUGGAUGAGUAGCAAACUUCCUGGACCAGAUCCUGUCAACCGGCCUCAGAUUGGAGCUUUUUAUUAUUAUUAUUUUUUUUUUUAUCAUGUGGUGUAUACAUUGUACACCAGACGCUGUUGUAAAGGAUGCCACUUCGCUUUGAAUUGGACUAAAAUCUCCUGUUCAUAGUUUGAGCUAAUUGUAAGACCCCGUUCUCUCUGCCUCCUGCCCCCGACGUUCACUUGCAAUCUUUUACUAUUGUUAAUAGUCGUUUCCCACUUAUUAGAUGUAUGCAAUCAAGCUUGACUUGUUCUUUUAUCAGCAAUUUUUUUAUAUAUGUAGAUUUAACACCAUGGACAGUGUUGUUAUGCUCUCCCUCCACAACAACACCACAUUGUUUUAUUUAAUUUCCCAAUAAAGUGUAAUCCGUUUGAUUAAAAAAAAAAAAAAAAAAAAAAGCAGAUGAUUGGAGAUGAUCAUUUCCAUAUGGUUGACAUCCAUUGAGAUUAGACACCGCAGUAAGUGUUCUCCCCUUCGAUCUUCCGGCAAUGCCAGGACAUCGGUCGCUCUACGAUCUUCAUUAUGUAUCCUUUCAUCAUCUUGUAGAAAGAUGAGCAUCGGCGCAGUUUGAUUGGACGCUUAAGCAAGAGCCGCGAAGCAAUGCCAUCGUAACGUUACAAGCUAAUUUUGGCAAAAUGUACUUGCACAGCUAUGGGUUAAAUUAACCAUCAAUUAAUAUCCAUUAAUGAUUUGUAUUUGGAUUUAUUUUAAAGGUAUCCAUGAAUAUGUUUUAAUGUUCUGAACUUCGGUUUCCACAUCAGUGUUAUUAAGCAGAAUCAUAUUGUCUAAAGGAGUGUAUGUCGAUGAAACUCAACUUCCCAUAGCUGACGUCAUGUUGUGCUUCUUUAAACAGCAAACAGUUGCGACUCAAUUUUGGGGAUUUUUGGCAAUGUCGAGGUAUCAUUCUUUGCCAUUAUU